ACACACCUCUCUUCAAAUACACAGCCACACUUCACUUCAAGGUCUCUGCCUCCACUGUGCUGUUCAGUUCACGGAUUACAUGAUGGAUUUCUUGACUUGCGGAGAGAAGGACCCACUGUAUGCCAAAUACGGCACUUUCCCUGGAUGGCAUUCUUCACACAUAUAUCAGCGCAAACCUUCUACAGCCACUUUCCUGCAGCACCUGUCGGAGUACAAUGGCUCAACUGGUGAGCCAAAAACUUGGGUGGCAUCAGGUCCCAGAACUAGCAGGAAUAUUUAUGACUUUAACAAGCAGAGUGAGAUAUCAUCAAUCACAAAUUUUCCUACACAAACCAAGUUAUCUCACAGAGAAUUAACUGACUACAUUGGUGAAGUGAGAAAUCUUGUACCAACAGAAAAACAGAGAUCAGAUAAGGGGAGGAAUACAGAAAGAAACAAAUGUGCACAGCACGAAGGGUGGGAAAACACAUGGCCAAUAAACUACAGAGGAAUAAGAGAAAACUUUGGAACAAACAUUCACAACGAGCUCCAAGCCUAUGCCGACUGCUAUCAUCAUAAACUUUCCAAAAAAACACCUCGUUUUGAGGUUGGGGAGUGGAGAUCAUCUAGGUGUGCUUCAGACAUGGAGAAAAUGUUGGGAUGUCGCCAGUGGGCUAUUAGUGCAGAGACCACUGAAAAUUUCCAGCCAACUGCUUUAACAUCACAGAAAAAAGACAAAACUGACCUCAGCAACAGAGAGAGGGAACAUCGGUGGAAAUGGAGCCCUUGGAAUUCAAGAAAUACAGAAAGUGUUUUCCCAGUAGGAUCAUUUAAACAGCCUCCAUCCUACAUGGCACCACCAGCAUACAGCUCCCCAAAGGAUGGUGAAAAGAUAGCAGGAAUACCGAAAGUUACUAGAGAGGCAAGUGUGGAAGCAUUUCAGGAGCAAACAUUUGAGAGCAGAAAAGUAAACUUUACAGAUUCGACAGAAAAACAUCGUGAUCUUUCAUCAAACAAUGAACAUUAUUUACAAAAAAAUAAACAGACACAGAACACAGAGAGUUAUCGCAGUGAUAUCACGGGUGGACUACACUGUCUGGAAACCUUAAAUACAUCCACUGUCAUGCAGUACACAACAACAAACACAAUACCACCUUCUCCACAAGCACAGCUACAGUACCGAGGGCCUUCACACAUGACCCAUCCUGAUAUUACUCAAAAGAAGCAGACCAAACUUACAAGAAGAAAAGGUGGCAAGACUGUGUUUUGUCUAGUCUCUCGUAUGGGAGAAGUGUCAGGCUUGUCCAGUUCUCCAGAGGAGCCACUUAAAUCCCACGUGUUACCUCUGUUAACUGAUUGCAAACCUGAUGACAAGACAAUCACCACUGAGCAGAUAAAUUCACCUCAGGGCAAUGAUGACAGCAGACAAAAUCAGGAUGCAUACUUGAAGAAGGACAAAGCUGUGGGGCAGUUCAAUGAAUCCUUAAUGUUUGGAGAGUAUAGUCAUACACCCCUAGAUCAAAGAUCCAGUUCUAUUCAGGAUUUGGGUAAUGUAAUAAAACCAGAUGAAAGUAAAGAAAAGUUGCAAUGUUAUGUCCAAAGGAAUGACUCAGAGUCAAACUGUUUAGCCCAGAAGUCACCUAUGCAGACAGACGGACAUGAGAAACCAUGCAGGGAAAUCAUAGAGAAAUUCCCAUUGUGGAAAGAGCCAAAAUAUCGGCAUCACUCGAUGGGUAUGACAGAGCAAAGAAAUGAGCAAAGCCAGAGGAUCAACAAUGAGUCAAACGUAACUAACAAAGAGGAUAGUAACAACACGACAAACGACCAGCAGAGUCUUUUGGUCAUUGAUGCAACCUGUGUUGUUGUCAAGGUUGAGCUUGUACUUCUUCCAGAGAAGGAACAUGUCCAGUAUGUGUGUUUGACAGAAGAGAGUCCUUUGCCAAGUACUAGGGAGGAGACUGAUGUGCAAAAGCAGCACAGCAGUGACAUCUCAAGCCAGGAGACUCCUGAAAACAAUGCCUUGGACAAGAGAGUAGAAGGGAUUCUUGGAAUACCACAUGAGUAUCCCAGGACAAGUGUACAGACACACGAGAGCAUUUCAAAAGAACAUGACACUUCCUGUGAGAGUCACAUAGUGAAUCCAAUAAAAGAGUUUGAGGAAUCUCCAUCAGCAGCUGCAAUGAUUAAUGACAGGCAAUCGCUGAGAAAUGAACCUAUGGUGGGACAUCCCUGGAGUGGGACAACACUGGAGAAUAAUGAAAGUGUAGAGGAAACGCUCAACAUUAUGAAAGUGGAAGACCAAAUCCCUGCACAAGAACCUGAAGCUGUGCUUGAAGACUUUGUGGCUUUAACAAAUGCAAAAUCCACAUCUGACGUUUAUGGGAUCCAAACUGAAAAGACCACCAUACAUAUGAAUCAAUCCACAGAACAAGGAAAUGCACCAGCAUUGGAUGACAGUGUGGAUAAGUACAGUACACAGAAAGAUAACGAAAACCAUCAAAAAGAUACUUCUAAGGACCUUACCAAGGAUAGCUCAACAGAAGACAACCUCUCCGAUGAAAGUGCAGAAAAUUACAUCAGAGAAUUUGAAGAACGCAUACACAAAGCUGUUUUACCUUCAACUGUGGGUUCCAGUACUCUCAGAAGAUCAAGUUCUUCACCUCAUUUGUCAUUUACCUCUACUUCCAACACAUUGGAUGAAUCAAAUGUAUCAGCUACUUCUGUGGUUUCUCACACAGAGAAUGAACCACUGUUGCUUCCAUCUUUUACUAAUACAGAAACCACCGAGUACUCUGGUUCUCCCAGUGUUCAGUCAAGAUGUACAUCCUCACUUCCCUCUCCUACAACUCCAGUUCCAGAUGCUUUUGAAAAUUCAUCUCUCCCACAGACAAGAAAUGUUUCUUCUGAUGUUUUACUCUGUACUUCAUCACCCCCUGAACACAAGCAAAAAAUCCAACAUGCCAAGUCCCUGUGGGACGCGGUAAGUCGUAUACGCAAACACACUGCUCCCGACUCCGAAACCGAGGAAGAGGAGAUGGUUGAGUUUAGGGAACAACCUGAAAGUGCAGACACUGACUUGCUUUAUCAGAGACUGAACACAGAAGAGGAAGGAGAAUUGGAGGGUAAUACAUUAGAGAACUCAACAAAAACCAAAUGA